CAGCGGCGGCAGGGCCCAGCCGGCCGCUCUUCCCGCCGCUCCGCUCCUCGGCAGCGUCCCCGGGCCUGCAGGAUGAUUCUGGCCUCAGUGAAGAUGUUCUGCCGCGGGGGCUUAACUCCUAGCUGGAGGCUGGCAGCUGCCAGGAGAGCACCUGACUGGCAGCCGCGCCGGGGUCACCGCCUCACCCCUGCAGAUGACGAGCUUUACCAGAAGACAACGCUGAAGUUGAUGGAGCGGGAAUCCCCCAGCAUGAUGCUCAUAGACAGCUACAGCAGCCGGGGCUUCACUAUCAAUGGGGACAAGGUGGUGGGGCCCUGCGCCAUCAUCCCACGCGCCAUCCUGCAGUGGAAUGUUGGCUCUUACCAGGACAUCACCGAGGAGAGCCUGGUGCUGUUCCGGCUGCUGGAGCCGAGAAUAGAAAUCCUGGUGCUGGGCCUAGGGGACAAGGUGGAGCGGCUGGAGCCUGCUGUCCUGAAGUUCAUGAGGGAAUGUGGGAUCGCUGUGGAGGUGCAGGACACGCCUAAUGCUUGUGCAACGUUCAACUUCCUGAUGAGCGAGCAUCGUGCGACCGCGGCUGCCCUCAUCCCCCCCAGUGCUGGCAGAGCCCUGAUGUAGAAGCAGCUCCGCGGCUGAGCCCCUCUGGGCCUUGGGACUCACACCAGCCUGUGUACAAAGGGUUAAACACCUCACAGGGCCUGGAGUGGGAACAUGAACUGUUACUAGGAAGGAGAAAAUGUUUCAGAAUAAACAGUGAGCAGCCCC